AUUUCAGGGAAUGGGGCCAAACGGGGCAAUAUUCCUCAGUUUCUUCACGUUCUCUUUCUAGACUACGUCCCUUUCUGUCUCUACAAAUGAAGGGCACUUGCUAUUCCCAACAAACGCCCUUUAGAUGACGACACCGUUUACCGCCGCCAUCAUAAUUUCUCUCACCGCCCUGACUUAUCUCUCACCCUCAGCCAGUGCACUCGGUGGCUCCGCCACAACGGUAGCCGUCAUCUACGGGUCUGCCACUACUAUCUGCACCAUAAUUGCCCAGCAACCCCUUCGACAAAUUCAAUGCUGGCAAAAUGGUCAGCUUCUGCCACCCAUAAUCCCCACAACCUCCUUCGAUUACAUCGCCGGCGGCCGUGACACCCUCUGUGCUACCCGUUCCGGUGGAUUCAGUCUUCUCUGCUGGAACACAACCUUCAACUCCAAAAGACUCUACAACAAUUAUUCAGCUCCAUUAACUUCUCUAACAAUUGGUGACACUCAAAUUUGUGGUUUAACAAACGUCAGUUCGAGGCAUAACGUUAUUUGCUGGCGAGGAAAUGGCAUUUUCUCCGUUCAAGCCCCAAAUGGGACUUUGGGAUUUCGCUCAAUUUCAUCAGGGUUGGGAUUUUCUUGCGGAGUUUUGGAGGGUACUAAUCGGGUUUUGUGCUGGGGCGAUGAAAAUAUGUCUGUCUCUAUACAAUCGGAGUUUUCAAAAUUUUCAAUGUUGAAUAUCCAGGUUGGUGGAGGACAUGCCUGUGGAAUGGAUAAUUCAGGAUUUGUGAUUUGCAAAGGAAAUAACGACAAUGGUCAGUUGGAUGUGCCAUCUAAUUCGCCAUAUGAGUACAUUGGACUUGCCCUUGGGUCGAAUCACAGUUGUGCAAUCAGAAGAUUGAACCGAACAGUUGUUUGUUGGGGUGAAUUUUCUAGUAAUGUUACAGAUGGGAUUUCAUUUGAGUCUAUUGUUGCAGGAUUGAAUUUUACUUGUGGAUUGACAACAAGCAAUUUAUCAGUGAUUUGCUGGGGUUCUGGCUGGCCUGAUCAGUUUUACCCUUCCGGACAGGAUCUUCCUUUGCAAAAGUCUCUCCCAGGGCCAUGUCUGGAGACGCCUUGUAAAUGUAAUUUAUAUCCUCAAACUCAAAUACUUUGUUCUGGAAAUGGUCAUAUAUGUAGGCCUUGUGAUGUUACAGUUUCAAUUUCACCACCAUCAUCGCCAUCACCAUCGCCACCACCAUCGCCACCACCGCCGCCACCCGUUGUUAGUCCUUCCCCUUCGAAAAGUCUCAGAAGGGGUUUAUUAGCGUUCAUGAUUGUUGGAUCAGUUGGGGGUUUUGCAGGGAUUUGUACUUUAAUUUAUUGUUUGUGGACUGGUGUUUGUUUCGGGAAGAAGAAAAUUCAUAACUCGGUGCAGCCAACUAUUAGUGGUGCUCCGCAGCCUAAUAGCAGUCCGCCUUCGAGAUCAUCAACUCUUCGGCGCCAAGGUUCUAUUCUCAUGAGGCGCCAGAGAAGUGGAACUUCAUCAAAACAUCCAGACAGGGCAGAGGAGUUUCUGUUUUCAGACCUUGCUGCAGCCACUAAUAACUUCUCUAUAGAGAACAAGAUUGGUGCUGGGAGUUUCGGGGUUGUAUACAAAGGAAAACUGCCCGACAGUCGUGAAGUUGCCAUCAAACGAAGUGAGAUGAGUCCGAAGACAAAGAAAUUUCAAGAAAAAGAGAGUGCCUUCGAAUCAGAACUGGCAUUCUUAUCCCGGCUUCAUCACAAGCACUUGGUGAGGCUGUUUGGCUAUUGUGAAGAGAGGGAUGAAAGGCUUUUAGUUUAUGAGUUUAUGAAGAAUGGGGCUCUUUAUGAUCAUUUACACAACAACAACAAGAUUAGCAAUGUCAUGAAUUCUUGGAAAAUGAGGAUCAAGAUUUCACUAGACGCUGCUCGGGGCAUUGAGUACCUACAUAAUUAUGCAGUUCCGCCCAUAAUUCAUCGUGACAUUAAGUCCUCGAACAUAUUGCUUGACGCAAACUGGACAGCAAGAGUUUCUGAUUUUGGAUUAUCGUUAAUGGGAGGGUCAGAAAAUGAUUGUGAUUAUAGACCACUAAAGGCAGCUGGAACAGUUGGUUACAUCGAUCCAGAAUAUUAUGGAUUAAAUGUAUUGACAGCAAAAAGUGAUGUUUAUGGUUUUGGAGUAGUGUUACUUGAACUUUUGACAGGGAAGCGAGCAUUAUUCAAGACGGGCGAAAAUGGGGGUUCUGCACCAAUAAGUGUGGUGGACUAUGCGGUACCAGCAAUAAUGGCCGGAGAAUUGGCCAAAAUUUUGGACACUCAGGUUGGUCCACCGGAGAUAAAUGAAUCCGAGGCGGUGGAACUGGUGGCUUAUACCGCUAUGCAUUGUGUGCGUUUAGAAGGUAAAUAUCGGCCUACCAUGACUGACAUUGUGGCUAAUUUGGAGCGAGCAUUGGCUCUAUGUGAUGAUAGCCACGGCAGCAUCUCUAGUGGUCCAAUAUCCAUUGUUUCAGAUUAAAAGAAAAGAGAAACUAAUUCUCUCUUGUAUUUUGUUCUAAUUUAUUUUUAUAUAAUUUUUGUGGGUGUUGAUUUGUUAGAGUAAAGCGUCUGGGCUAACAUGAGUUGCAGUGUAGGAUUCUUUGUAAAAUGUUGAUAGUCACCGGAAACUAGAAAAGUCUAUUUGUACA